AUGCCUCCCCGCCGAAGAGCAUCCACCAAAGCCGUAUACGCCCCCCCACCUGCCUUCUCCGACGACGAAGACGAAGACUCUGACGACAGCGCUGGGCCUAGUGCCCGGCCCGAAUCCCAAGCCCGCGGUAAGGCCAAGGCCAAUGGAAAGGGAAAGGGGAAAGGCAAGGGGAAGGCGAAGGUGGAUAGUGACGAGAGUAUGGAUUCUGGCGACGGGAGUGCGUUCGAACCCGACAUGAGUGAUGCCGAAGCCGUCAAAGAGGAAAGCGACCCCAGCUCUGCAUCCGCAUCUGGCUCUGGAGACGGAGAAGGGUCGGAGGACGGGUUCGCAAGAGAUCCAAGUGAACCCCCCCUCCGCUCAAUUGGUUCUCUCCUCCCCCCAUCCGCCCCUGCAAAAGGCAAUAAACGCGCAAGAGAAAGUACUGCCAAGGGGCCCAAGAGCAGGUCGACAAAAGCCAACGGCGGUAAAGGCGUCAUCACCCUCCCCCAGACUCUUUCCAUGGGAGAAUCCAAUAGCAGCAAUACCGAGAUCCUCGCUGGCGUACCGGCAGCUUAUAUCAAAGAAAUAUCCUUGAUGUCCGAGCUACUGGCGCGUAAACCCCAAGACGCCGCCGCGGACGACUCUGCGAAAGGGCAAAGUAAACCCAAAGGCAAUUACAGUAAACUCGGCGCUCUCCCCUUCCCCCACCCACUCCCAUACUCUACCUUCUUAGAAACCGAUCCCAAAUUUGGCAGUCUCCCGAACCCCCCCGUGGGCCGGGUGGUCGGUCAGAGAGACGGAGAGGGAGGGACGGAGAAGCAGCAGAGAGCGAGGUUUAAUAAAGAGGCGGGGAGGUUGGCAUUGGGGGUGCCGUGGGAGAUGUGGCGUGGGGAUGUUUGGUGGCCUGAGAUGUUUGUUGUGGGUUCUGGCGGGAAGAAUGGGAAGGGGAAGGAGGGGGACUGGUUGGCUUUUGAUGAUGUCACCCUUGGCCUCCAGAACGUUGGUAGAAAGAAGAAAGAAGACUUGACCUUCCUCAACUCCGAACAAGCAAAAGCAUACCUCCCCUCCCCCGAUGAACCAUCUAUCACCAUCCACGUCGGCCCGCGUACGACACAAUCAAUUGUAGAGAUGAAAGCUUUCGACGUCCUUCCCAUCGUGGAAACCAACCCGAUAGUGCCCCAACCAGCAUUUACAUUCUACGCCGGCGGGCCUGUGACGAGUAUCGAUUGGUGUCCUAUGCCUGCUUCCAAAGCUGCUCAUUUCAAAAACACCCAAUACCUCGCGAUAUCCACCCUACCCCAUGUCAACAACAGUCCGAGGAUGUACGAGCGUGCCCCACCAGACAGUCGAGGGUCGAUCCAGAUCUGGGCUUUGGUGCCUCCUAGACAAGAUGGUGACGAGGAUACCACCAUGAAAGAAGGAGGUAGUUCUGGACAAGGGUCAAAAGGAGAGAUGGACGGGUCCCUAAAAUGCGUGCUCACACUUUGUAUUCGAGGUGGUAGCGCGUUGGAUAUCAAGUGGAUGCCUAUAGGUGCUUGGGACGAUGUACAGACCGUCGCUCAAGGUGGAUACGGUGAAGUGUUACCAAAGUUGGGUGUAUUGGGAGCGGUGCAGGUGGAUGGGAGUAUCUCGUUUUAUGCUGUACCUCAUCCUAGAGCUCUUGCGCUGGGGGAAUCCGGGGAACCUCUUUACCUGGAACUCGACAAACCAUUAUAUAAGCUUCAGCUAGAAGACGCCAUGUUUACCUGUUUCGAUUGGUUAUCCGGUUCCACGAUCGGUGCUGGCUUGGAUAACGGAAGUGUAGCAGUAUACGACAUUCUCCCUCUCGUCGCCUCCCCCAACCCCAACCCCAACCCUCCCCUCCCAAUCCUCUACACCUCCGUAUCCUCCUCCGCCCUCUCCUCCCUUACCGCCUCCCGCCACCCUCCCCACCCCACCCAGCUAGGUUCACCAGCUACGAUGAUGUCGGUAGGCGGGUGGGAUGGGAGUUUCGUGCUUUUGGAUACCCGGGAUGGGGGGUUGGGUAUGCUUGUUCGGCGGCAGAAUCUACCGAUAAUGUGUACCGGCUGGUCCACCUUCCUCCCCGGCCCCAUGAUGGGCAACCUCGACUACAACGUCGAGAUCACCACGCUCGGUACGAAAUCGCGGUUGAUGAAUAAAGGUCGCGGUACCGUCCUUGGUGGGCACAAGGGCACUGUUCUGAGUUUGUCAGCGUCGGUAUUCCAUCCGAUGGUCAUGUCGGGUUCGGCAGAUGGGUCUGUCAUGAUGACGAACCAGUUUGAUCCCCUCAGGCGUGUUGUUAAAGGCGGUCGUCAAUUGGAAUCCCACACAAUCUACACCCUCUCCCACUCCCCCCUCCUAAAUGCCUACCGCCUAACCGACGACCACCUCCCCGCCUCCACCCCUCUCGCCAACCUCACCGGCAAAGCCCCCAAAGGCGAAGGCGAGCCCGCUUACAACGUCAAGCAUCCGGCGUGGGAUGCGAGUGUGGGUGUAGGGGCUGUUAGGUGGAAUUGUGCGGGGGGGCUGGGGCAGGCGGGGUGGUGUGCUAGUGGGACGGGGGUUGGGGUUGGGAGGGUUAAUUGGGUUGAUGGGAGGUUUCUUGAUUAA